AUGGCGGCGUCGAGUAGUGCUUUCGAGGCUAAAAGCUUCCAGUGGGUGGCACAGCUGCCACAAGCGUGGGAGUCCAGACGACCUCUUCGAGAGCGUAGCCUGCAGGGCGGAAACCUGUUGCGUGGAAUGAUUGUGCCAGGGCACGGUGACCGUGAGGUUGUGAUCGGCAGCAUCGAGUGCUGCAAAAUUAACAGCGAUGUGUUGCUGGUCACCUUGAAAGUCAUGGCCGACGAGGCUUGCAUUUUCGUGCCGAAGGUGUUUCUGCUGCAAGGAGCUGCAUUGGAGUUCCAUUGCCACUCCGGCUAUCCAGAUGCUGCAUCGUUGGGUGUUGCUGCUUACUCGGACGGAUGGGGUAUGAAGCGCAUGCUCACCUGUGUGAAGCGCAAGUGGAUGCGUGGCCAGACUCCGAGAGACCGGACCUUUCGCAAGAUGGUGGCUGAGUUCCAGCGAGCUUACGAAAACCUGACACGUGUGGUUGGAGAGCGUCUGGCCAGGGCUUUGAGAGCUGGAGGGGACGAGGAUGACAUCGACGAUCCCGACGAUUGUGCUGAAGCUCCGACUACUGCGGAGCCCCAGCAAUCGGCAUCUGAGGUACUUGCAGAUUUGGACUUGCCCACGGAGAUUGAGGAGCCGAAGGACCAGGCAGACAUGGAUGUACAGUUGCCGGCAAAUCCGGUGCCAAAGGACAAUGAGGCCCCAAAUGCAGUGGUUCCAGAAACGGCCCCGGUAAAUCCUGUGCCAGAGGACAAGACCCCAGAUGCAGUGGUUCCAGAAAGGCCCCCGGUAAAUCAGGUGCCACAGGACAAGGGUUCAGCGGAGGCAUCGCCAACAAAUCCGGAGGACCCUCGUGUCAAGGAUCCGUCUUCUCUGCCACCGAGGCAGCCAUCGCAACAGGAGCUGGAGCAGCAACUCGUGAUUGCGGAAUUGAAGAUGGAGGCCAAGCGAUUGAUGGCGAUCGAGCGCAAGCGUGCCGCUAAGCAGUUUGCCAAGAUUCUUCCGCAAGGACGCGCAACUGACUUUCGUGCAUGA